UGGGUGGGAGGUGCAGGAGAUUGUUGGAGCUGCUGCAGACAAUGGCAGGAACUGUAUUAGUGCUUCCAAGAAAGGGAGGACAGAUAAUUGGAAGAAGAGAAACCUCCUGUUCGUCACCACAAGUCCUAACCAGUGUUGGAAGUCAGCAUUUUCGAAGGGUGACAGGAGGCCUCACGGAAACCAAGCAGCAGUCAAAAUCUUGCGCUCAUUCUGGGGAGGCUGCUGAAGAUGGGACUGCACCACCCACGCCCCAGCCCCGCAAGAACUCCCGGCAAUAUGGCCAAAAGCAUUUCAUCUGUAGCGAGUGCGGGAAGAGCUUCAAGCAGUAUUGUGACCUGAAGCGGCACGGCCGGGUCCAUACGGGUGAGAGGCCCUUCCGGUGUCCACCCUGUGGCAAACGCUUCAGCACCUCCUACAACCUGCUGAUCCACCAGCUGGUGCACAGUGGUGAGAAGCAGUACAAGUGCCGGGUGUGCGGCAGGGAGUUUGUCCAGCUGCACCACCUGGUCACUCACCAGCGCACACACACGGGCGAGAAGCCCUACCCGUGCCCAGUGUGUGGCAAGGCCUUCCGCCAGUCCUCCACCAUGAUGGUGCACCAGCGCAUCCAUGCCGAGGAGCGGCCGUACCGCUGCCCCGAGUGUGCCAAGAGCUUCAAAACCUCGUCGAACCUUUCCAAGCACAAACGUAUUCACAGCGGCGAGCGGCGCUUUGCCUGUGAGGUGUGUGGCCGCCGCUUCCUCCACUCCCACCACCUGGCCACCCACCGCCGCACACACAUCGGCGAGCAACCGGCCUUCUGCCCAAUCUGUGGCCAGCGCUUCGGCAACCCAGCUCAGCUGCUGGCACACCGCCGUGCCCACGCCGGCGAGCCUCCCUUCAGCUGCGAGACCUGCGGCCGGGGCUUCAAGCAGAGCUCAACUCUGGUGCGGCACCGCCGAACACACACCGGGGAGAGGCCAUACACCUGCCCCAUCUGCGCCAAGGCCUUCCGGCAGACUUCCACUAUGCAGGUACACUACCGCACACACUCUGACGAUCGACCCUACCGCUGCCUGGAAUGCGGCAAGGGCUUCAAGAGCGCAUCCAAUCUAAUCGGUCACCACCGUGUCCAUAGGAGGUAGAGUGCUCAAUGGCUGCGGCUACCAGACAGAGAUUUGAGCCAUCACACUCAUCUCGCACAGCAUCUGCAUUAGACCAGACUGUCAUCAUUUGCUGCAAGCACCAAGUGACUUUAAACCUGGGGAGAUUUUUACAUUAAGAGACAAUAAUUCACUUGGUAAGGGCAUUCCUGUGAAUUUCUGUGGCACAAAUCAUUUAGUCUCUGUCUCUUUGAAACUCAAGUUUUGGUGCUUUGGGGAAUUAAGCCGGCUAAAAGUCUUGUAUCAAGCCUAUCCCCAUACAAUCUUGUGAAAUUUCCCCAGGAACAGGCUUGAACUAAAGUCUAGUGCACAAUUUUCAGACAUCCAUACAGACUGUGUUUUGAUGCAGUUUGUAUUUGAGUGUCUAGUUUUCAAAAGAUAUGAAAUCCUGGUCACUCGUUUCCAGGAUAUGCAAAAGGUUCUUCUCUGCUCAGAAUAAAGUUGGCCAAUGGAAUAUCCCAGGAGUCAGAACAUGGGAAUUGAGAGAAGCAAAGAGAAGAUGAGUUGAUGUUCCCGAAAAUGAAGAGAAACACUAUUUAAAAAUCGUUUGCAAAGGAUUUGAUUAGCUCAUAGGGUUACUAUCCUUUAUUAUUCUAUCUAAUUGUCGACUUAGAUAAAAAGAUGUUUUAUUGUCAAUGUAUAACUUCACUAUUCAAUUAUGCUGUUGUAUGAUAAUUUCACUUCAUAUUUUGAACCUACAUAUAAGCAUGAUCUGUUGUGAUGCUGUAUCGCUUUUGAAAAAUGAAGUGAGACCUUACGGUGCCACAAGAUACUCCCGUAUCUAAAACCUAUCACCAAGCAGGGUUAGCUGUUUAGCUGGAUCUCCAGCAGGGAAAGAUACUCAUGGUUGGGACUUGAUCAUGAGUGAUUGAAGAUAUGUGAACCAAAUUAAUGUAUGGCAAAAACCUGAAAGCAUAAAACAUAAUUAUGUUUUCUUUUUAAGCAGAAAAUUUGCCAUCUUGCUGUUUUGAGGACCUUUUGGUGCUGAAAUAAAUUCUAGUGUUGCCCAAACUGUAAUCAGCUACCUCAUCUGGGGUUUUCCUUGGCUGGGAUUGUUCUUGUAUAAAGUCUUGCAGAGCCCAUUUUGGGGAAGUGCUGUCCACUUCAACAGAAUUCCCCAUUGAAGAAUAUUUUACCUCAGCAGAGAAAAUGUUGGUAUGAUGUAACAUGGAGACUCGGCUCCCUCCCCUCCCCAGAUGUUUCUUGUGUUUUAUGCUGAAGCAGGUUGAGCACUUUGCAAGUAAGGGGCCAGUCCAUGGGCUGCUCCAUCACAUUGCGGCAAAACAUCUUGAAACACGGAUUUCAGGCCUGUGAAUAAAUACUCUUCUUCCACCUCCUGCCCCUCCCUGGGAAGCUAAAAGAAAAUGAUCUGUCAUAGCAUCAAGUACUCGCAGGUCAGGUAUAACACAGUCAUAACCAAGGCUCUAUAAUAUAGGUCAGUCCCAGGCUUAGAAGAGCAUUUUCCCAUACCAACUACCCUUAGAUUUAAAUGAAUGACAUUGCCAAUUAGUUUCAAAUUCAUUUUGUUCUGUACUGUAGAUCCACACCCAAUAGAAGCUGGAUUGAGACUGUUUGAUCUUGAUUCUAAUAGGAUCCUAUAGUCAGCAGAGAGGACUUUCAUUCCAUUGAUUUAGUCUGGAUUUGUGUCCAUGUCCCAGAGGUGAAAAGGUCAUUUUCCGACCCACUCCAUCACCCAGUCACUCCUGUAUAUUGAUAAAAACAAAAAAACUGCGGAUGCUGGAAAUCCAAAACAAAAACAGAAUUACCUGGAAAAACUCAGCAGGUCCGGCAGCAUCGGCGGGUCUUACCAAAUCACUCCAUCACCUAGUCACUCCUGUAUAUUGCUGCCUUACCAGGGAAGUUCCAUGAAAAAGAUUUUUUUUAAAACUAAGGCUUGCAUGUAAUCAACCUGAGUAUAAAAUGAAUAUUCAUCAGUAUUUGAAGGCAAGAUAACUCCUCAUCCUUCUCAAUGGGUGAAUCAAGAUCUUUAUCUAAAGUGACUGCAAGUUUCCUUUACUCUUUAUGAAGAUACACGCCCUACCCUCCUUUCACUGUGACCAUGCUAAACGCAAUGUCCUGUGUAGUGGAAUUAGAAUUUCCCAUUAAAAGCCACAGAACCGA